UGCCACCUGAGUUUGACAAGGGUCAGCUUUAUAGAGUUUGGCCGCCUGGAUAAACGUUGGGGGCUGAAAUCAAACACAGCCUUCCAGGUGCAACAAGCAAGCAAGUGGUUUAAUCUGCUUUUGAAUCCCUUGGACUGGAUAUCCAUUCAACAUCAUUUUCUUGCAAAGCUAGCAACAAUAACAUUAUCAUACUAUGUUAUUAACAAUCGCUACCACUUUGAUCUUUGUUGAAUUAAAGGAAAAGGUCUUCAAAGAUAUGUUCAAAGAACUUGCAAAACGGUAUUGGGGUGAAUGGGAACUCCGCUUGAUGAUUGUAGUGAGCUCUAUUCUCCAGCUAUUUCUCCUUAUCUCUGGGUCUAUUCGACGCAAAUACUUGGGGAAAAAAUUGCCCUAUGUUGCAAUAAGUGUGUGGUUAGUUUACUUGUCAGCAGAUUGGAUGGCAACUCUUGUUCUGACUACACUUCUCAGAGGUGAUGCUCGUUUGAAGAAUGAAUUGAUUGUGUUGUGGACAUCAUUCCUUCUAUGGCAUCUUGGCAGUCCACAUACUAUUACAGCUUAUUCUUUAGAAGACAAUGAGCUGUGGUUAAGACACUUCUUUGGGCUAGUUUUCCAAGUUGGAGAGGCUAUCUAUAUCUACGCAAGGUUUCGAUCAAAAUCAAACACUGCACUUAAUGCUGUGGCUGCUCCAAUAUUGCUUGCUGGCGUUAUCAAGUAUGGAGAAAGGGUAUGGGCUCUCAGAUGUGCCAGUGAUAAACAGCUCCUAAAUUCUUUUUUCUCAAUUUCUGACAACAAGAUUAUUAAGGGAGGGAAAAAAAUUAUCAGAACAGGGCUGUCUAAAACUAAGAUAAAUAAGCUCUUUGAAAGCGAGGGCAUCGUUCCUGAAGUUGAAUUUCUUCGCCAAGCAUAUAUAUCAUAUAUUGUUUUCAAGCCUCUAUUUAUAGACCUCCCAUUCCGGCUUUCAAGAGAGUUUCAUGAUAACAUGGUCUUCAUGAAGUCUAAAUCUGCGGAGGAUGCAUUUAAGUUUGUGGAUGUUGAACUAAGUUUCGUCUACGAUAUGUUCUUCACCAAGAAUCCCAUACAAUAUCGUCAUCUUAAAGUGAGUGUAUGUCUUCGUGGCUUCUGUUUCCUGUCCGCAAUUUGUUCAUUGAUUGCUUUCACAGCAGUGUUGGAUAAAAAUAAGCAUUCACCAAUUGACAUUGCCAUAACCUACUUGCUGUUGGUAGGAGCUAUUUCUCUGGACUUUUAUUCAUUUCUUAUGCAUGCUCUCUCUACCUGGGCAAUGAUCAAGCUGCCCCUUCCUCGUACCAAGGUGCAUAAGACGUACUCCAGGGUUGUUGCUUCUAGAUUACAGUCUAUCAAGGUCAGGUCAGGAAUAAAAUCAAUGGCGCAACAUGAUCUAAUAAAGUAUUGCGUUAAGGCCAAAACAAGUUGGUUCACUGGAGCCAUAAAGCUUUUCGACACUGGCAACCUUUUACAGAAGUACGGUCAUACCAAAUGGAAGCCAGUCGAUCCUGAUUUGAAGAAUUUCAUCUAUACUCAUCUGAUAAAGAAACGUGAGAAGUUCGAAAGAAAUGGUUUCAAACUGGAUGAACUGGAGAAGUUGUUAAAUGAGAAAGGUGACCGUGUGUUCAAAGGGAAGUACAGAGAAAUGGUUGGAACGGAUGCUGAUUUGGAAGAAUACAAAGAGGAGUUCUCGUCCAUUUUCCCUAGAAUGGAUUCAGUAUAUUUUAUCCGCAGCAUCUUCCUUUGGCAUAUUGCUACGGAGCUUGCCUAUUAUGAUGAUCAUGAUAAUCAUCGAGUAGAUACUGCCCAUUCCUUGAGCAACAUUAGUAAGUCUAUAUCUGAUUACAUGAUAUACCUUACUCUUGUGCGUCCAUCAAUGCUGUGUAAAGGCUUCAGUGAUGUGAUAAACGGUAAAAUUUACAAGGAAGCCCAGAUUUUCUUAACUGAGAAAAUGAAAACAAGAUUCAUUGGAGCCAGGAAACAAUUUACCAAGGACCUGCUUCACUUUGUUGCCUUUCAACAACAAUCUUUUUAUCAACCGCCACAUAAUAGAGUCGGAGCACUGCUUGAGGGAGCUAGCUUUGCCGUGAAAUUGCAGCGGUUUCCAAGAGAAUUGCGGUGGGAUCAUGAUGAGAAAUGGGAAAUGAUAAGCGAGGUGUGGAUGGAGAUGAUGACUCAUGCUGCUAGUUAUUGUUCAUGGAGGGAGCACGCUCAACAGUUGAGGCAUGGUGGAGAGCUGCUCACUCAUGUUGCCCUUGUCAUGGCACAUCUUGGAUUAAGCACAAAAGUAGGCAGAGAUGAAGAAGAUGAUGAUCCUCACGCCUUCCCACCAUUUGAUGCUUAACUAUGACUUUGGGUUGGCCAUGGAUGCUUGUGUUUGGCUUGCUCUG